AUGGCAAGGACGGUUACCUCACGAGAGUUUGGCGACAGUAGGGGCAGAAUUCAGGAGAUGUCGCGGGAAGUGUUUAUCGACGCGGUGAGUAAAAGAAGUAAGGAGUCAGAGGCUGCCUUCCUAAACGUGUACAAGAGAUUCAUCGAUGUCCCAGACCGGUGGUCGGCCCUGGAGGCUGCCCAGCAGCUACAGCUGAAGGUCCAGAGGAUGCACGACAUCGAGACGGAGAACCAGAAGCUCCGCGAGACGCUGGAGGGCUACACCCAGGAGAUCGCUGAGGUCAAGAACCACGAGGUCACAAUUAAAGCACUUAAGGAGAAGAUAGAAGAGUAUGAAGAGACCCUGAAGAAGCAGGCCAAGGAGCUGGGCCAGGAGGAGAGGAGAGAGGAAGAGAAGGAGAAGAAAGAGGGAGAGGAGGGGCAGCUCCACAACAACCAUGCAGAGGAGGAGCGUCAACAACAGGAGAACCAGGAGUCUGCGGUGUCAAAGCUGGAGGAGGCAGACAGUAAGGCCCAGUCCCUACAGACAGCACUUGAAGCAACUCAGGCAGAGCUUUUGGACCUGAAGAGCAAGUAUGACGAAGAGUCAACAUCAAAGGCCAAUGAGAUUGAGGUGGUGAUGUCAGACCUGGAGAGAGCCAAUCAGAGAGCGGAUGUAGCGGAGAGGGAAGCAGAGGCUCUUCGGGAACAGCUGACGUCCGCCAACAAGUCUCUCCAGCUUGCCACACAGAUCCAGAAGGCCCCUGACAUGGAGCAAGCCUUGGAGGUUCUGUCACGCUCCAGUCUGGAGGUGGAGCUGAGCGCCAAGGAGCGGGAGGUACUGCACUUGGCUGAGGACGUGCAGAGACUGCAGGCCAGCCUGGCCAACGUCCGUGAGAACUCGGCCUCGCAAAUCAGCCAGCUGGAGCAGCAGCUCAGCACCAAGGAGAGCUCACUCAAGCAACUGGAGGAGAAACUGCAGGAGCAGGCAGACUACGAAGACAUCAAGAAAGAGCUCAGUUUCCGCAAGUCCGUAGAGUUCGGCUCUUCAAACUGCUCUUCAGCACAGGACUCUAAGAAGCCUCUGGAGUUGUUGUUGGAGAAGAGUCGAGGCCUGCAUUCUGAGAGCUCCUCCCUGCGCCUGAACAACAGUUUGAGAGAGCGAAAGGUCAAAGAGUCAUCAGAGGGACAACAGCGUCUUUGCAACACACCCAUGGGCACCAACUUGAAGGGCUCCCCUCCCCCUCCCUCCUCUCAGCUCCUCCUGCGCACUGGCUCAGGUGGUUCCUCCGACACCACCCCUGUCACUGGCAAUGGCACACACCACUUCUCGCCCACGAGUGGCGGGCUGGGUGGGCAGGACUUCUUCAGCCACACCUCUCUGGCGUCGGCGGGCACCGCUUUCCCCCUGGGGGGCAAGGUGGUGCUCAACUCCCUGCUGCAGCGCCAGCUCAUGCAGACCUUUUACUCCAAAGCCCUGCAGGACUCAGUGUCCGCCUCCGGCCAGGCCCUGCUCUUCUCCCCUUCCAACUACCCCACCCAUAACUCCCUUUCAGCCAGCCCCCUACCACCCCAUCAGUCUUUGCAGUCGCAAUCCCAGCACCCGUCAGCGUGCAGCCCGGAUGUCAACGGCCUAGCCCCCUCACCCAGCCAGUCAGAAGGGGCGGGGAGUGUCUCGGAAGGCGAAGACAUGGACACGUCUGAGAUAGCGCGUCAGGUCAAGGAGCAGCUGAUCAAGCACAACAUCGGGCAGAGGAUCUUUGGCCACUACGUGUUGGGGUUGUCUCAGGGCUCGGUCAGUGAGAUACUGGCCAGGCCCAAGCCCUGGAACAAGCUGACCAUCCGGGGCAAGGAGCCCUUCCACAAGAUGAGGCAGUUCCUGUCCGACGAGCAGAACAUUCUGGCACUGCGCAGCAUCCAGGGGAGGCAGAGAGAGAACCCAGGCCAGAACCUGAACAGAGUGUUUCAGGAGGUUCCGAAGCGAAGAACCGGCUCCGAAGGUAACAUCACCACGCGGAUCCGUACCUCGGAGAGUGGCUCAGAUGAGGCAUCAAGUCCAUCCUGGAACAGCCAAGAGAGAGCUGCAGUUCAGAAGGCUGGUGACAUUGGUGUGGUGAGUGGUAUCGGCUCAGGUGGAUCCUCCAGCUCAGACGAGACCAUCCGCUCCAUCCUAGAGCAGGCCAGGAGAGAGAUGGAGGCCCAGCAGGCCGCCCUGGAGCCCCCAUCUCAAGGGCAUUCCUCCAUGGGCCCCUCUGACCUGGCCCUGCUCUCUCCCAAACACCUGGGCGCUUCCACUCUCCCGGCCUCCUACUCACCCCUGGCCCUGUCCCUCAAGAAGCCCUCCAUCCCCCCAACCUCCUCUCCCUCGCCCUCCUCCCUCCUGGAUUUCCACUCUGCCAUGGUGAAGAAGGAGGCAGGAGAGGUGGUGGGAGAAGGCGGGGGAGGAGGAGGGUUGCUAAUGGAUGGUGGGACCAAGCAGGGGCGAGGCUCCUGGAGGGAUCAAUGGUGGAGCAGUAUGCACCCCGGGGGGCAGGGAGCCACGGCUAGCCUGAAUGACGAUGCGCGUAGUCAGGAGGACAGCAAGGAGAAGCCUCCCCGGCUGGCCGGCUCAUCCUCGGUGCUGGCACCCUCCUCCGUCUCCAUCUCCUCCUUGGACUACUGGAAGGACUGGCCCCGGGCCGAGUCCCCGUACUCCCAGGCCAGCUCUGAGCCUGGCGGGGGCACCAAAACCCAGGGGCCGAGCCGCGCCGACACACCCCAGAGCAGUCUCUCUCCCCUAAGCUUGGGGCCUCUGGGGUCCCUGUUGACCCCCGCAGCCAAACAAGCCAAGCCUGUGGUGGCGCCGCUCACUCCUGAGCAGUACGAGUUCUACAUGUACCAAGAGGUGGACACGGCCGAGCUCACGCAGCAGGUCAAAGACAAGCUGGCCAAGAACGGCAUCUGCCAGCGCAUCUUUGGAGAGAAGGUGCUGGGCCUGUCUCAGGGCAGUGUGAGCGACAUGCUGUCCAGGCCCAAGCCCUGGAGCAAGCUGACCCAGAAGGGCCGGGAGCCCUUCAUCCGCAUGCAGCUCUGGCUCAACGGAGAGCUGGGCCAGAAUGUCCUGCCCUUACAGGGCCAGCCACAAGAAAACACCCCAAAGACCUCAGCCAGCUGCAGCCCGGCCCCGGAGUCCCCCCUCAGCUCAGCCGAGGAGUCCGUGAAGAGCCUUGGGGAGCAGGGCGGAGGAGGAGGGGGAUGUGGAGGAGGAUCAUCCCAGGUCCCCCCCAGGGAGCCCAGCGAGCCCUCUGAGUCCCAGCCCGGCACGCCACUGCCCGUCCCCGGCCACUCAGGUCUCAGCAUCCAGGAGAUGGUGGCCAUGUCCCCAGAGCUGGACACCUAUGUCAUCACCAAGAAGGUCAAGGAGGUGCUGACCGACAACAACCUCGGUCAGCGUCUGUUUGGGGAAACCAUCCUGGGUCUGACUCAGGGCUCGGUGUCUGACCUGCUGGCGAGGCCCAAGCCCUGGCACAAGCUCAGCCUGAAGGGACGCGAGCCCUUCGUCCGCAUGCAGCUCUGGCUCCAGGACCCACGCAACGUGGAGAAACUCAUGGACAUGAAACGCAUGGAGAAGAAAGCGUACAUGAAGCGGCGCCACAGCUCUGUGAGCGAGAGCCAGACGGCGGACAGCGGGGGCCUGUCAGGGGGAGACUUCAGCCAGGGGGGCAGCCCCCAGCAUGGCCUCGGCCACCACCUGCACCAGCAGCAGCCUCCCCAGCAGCACCUGAAGAAGGCCCGUGUGGUGCUGGCCCCUGAGGAGAAGGAGGCUCUGAAGAGGGCCUACCAGCAGAAGCCCUACCCCUCGCCCAAGACUAUUGAGGAGCUGGCCUCACAGCUCAAUCUCAAAACCAGCACCGUCAUCAACUGGUUCCACAACUAUAGGUCUCGUAUCCGACGGGAGCUUUUCAUCGAGGAGAUCCAGCGAGGUGAGGGCGGCUCCCCGUCCACCAGGGCAGGCAAGGCCAGUGAGGGCGACAGCUGUGACGGUACUGAGUCAGAUGGCACAGUGGAGGGCACACGCCCCGGCCACGAGCACCACCCGGCCUCAGAAGGCGAGGGCGGGUCCGACCACAGAGACGAGGGCACCACGUCAGCCACCGGCAGCAACGCUGCAGGUACCAGCGGCCACCACAAGGGCGGCGCCCUGGACAGCCUGUUCAGCUUCCCCGAGAACACCCAUGUUUCCUCUGCGUCUGUGGCCACCACCACUGCUGCCCGCAACCCCCGCGACAGCAGCCUGCGCAAGAAGAAAGCCGCCAACCUCAAUAAUAUCAUCCACCGCCUGGAGAAGGCUGCUGGUAAAGACGAGCCCCACGAGUGGGAGUUCUGAUACGGUACCCCCUGCUGCUGGGGAGAGUGAGAGUUACUAUUUUUCUAGUGCCCUGACUGCACAGUUCCAAGGCCAAGACUGGAGCAGUGCUGCCAGAGAAGAACUGGCAUCUUUUACGAGUUUUCAUAUCAAAGAGGGUUCAUAGAUUUUUUUCACGAAGCGAAACAACAGCAACAACCUGGCUUUGUUUGGAGAUAAAGCACUUAACAGCCCUGCUGGCCACAGGGCCCUAACACCACCGGCCAAAGGUGCGAAAGAGACGAAAGACACACAAAGGAGCGUCACUCCACAGGAGGAAACUGUCACGAGAAGCAAUUAUGUAUUUUAUUUGUGUGUGUGUGUGUGUGUGUGUGUGUGUGUGUGUGUGUGUGUGUGUGUGUGUGUGUGUGUGUGUGUGUGUGUGUGUGUGUGUGUGUGUGUGUGUGUGUGUGUUUCCCUUUGAGAGAUUUAUUCACCACCUCAAAGUUUUUCUAACCUUGUUCGCUCAGUGACUUUUCACAUCUAGUAGACUAACUGUUACACUGUUUUCCCUUUUUUCUGUUUUCUAAGAGGUUCUUUCUCCUCAUAACUCCAUUGCAGUUCUUUGGCUAUCUGAUAGGAUCGUCAAACAAAAAAAGAGAAUGAAAAGCCAAGCAUUUAGAAAAUUAGUCUGCAGGAGAGGAGAACCCUUUCCCAAGCAAUGUUCCUGUCUGUGCCCCAAAAGUUGCCAUGUAAUGGCACUGGAACUCUUAAUAUGCUAUGGACUCUAUUGAGAAAAUAAUUAACAUUUUUAUCAAAUUAUUUUUCUCCGCUGAGAAAGAAAAAAAACUUUAUAGCAAUUUGGUUGCCACUAAGAGAUUGCACAGUCGGUCGACUUUAAACAAUGCUAUUUUAGAUUCCUAAAUAUUUGGGAAGGGUAAAAUCUAAAGUGAAAUACUCAUUAUCAGUUGAAAGGAACUUUGAAAAAAAAGUAUCACUUUAAUUCACAGUUUUUCAACGUACAACAUAAAAUGCAACGGUCAUGUCAGGAAAAAGGAAAAAUCUGAAAAACAUCUUGUGGUAGCUUACUUUGUGUUCUUUCUCGUGAGUGAUCUAGAAGCUCUUUGAUAAGUAGUGUACAUUUCUUUCAUAGCUUUAACUGACUUCCGGGGGACGCCAUUUUGGUGGCACCGGGAGCGUUUGUUUAAUACACUCCAUUUUAGGCCAAAAUCAGGUUUGAGAAAAAAAUAAAAUAAACAAAAAAGUUGUAUACAAGUUCAUGGAGA